GGCAACGGUAAGACAUGCUGAAUCAAAGGUGUGUGUGAGAGAGUUUAAGAACACAGCAGCGGACUCCUACUCCUAAAUACAAACUAUCAUCCUCUGUGUGAGCCAUUUUCCCCAUCGGUACAAGGGAAACAUCGACGAAGACAACGAUGAAAGCAGCAUCUUCUGAGUCUCCUCAGCCGCCUGUGAUUGGUAAAGUCACUCAUCAUAGUAUCGAGCUGAUCUGGGUUCAUGUAGACAACAAACCUCGGACCGGUUCGCCUGAACACUGGACCCGCUACUCUGUAGAGCACACGGACCCAAAAACACAGAGAUACAACACAGUAUUUAUAGGGUACAGCACCCAUCAUGUUGUUGAGGAACUGGAGCCCAGUACCUCUUACAGUUUCAGACUCAGGGUUACCAGACCUUCAGGAGAGAGCCACCUUAGCCCAACUGUCUCUGUCUUCACCACACGAGAGCCGUACAGUGGUAAAAAUCUCCACCAGGCUGUUAACAGAGAAGAUGAAAAGGAGCUAAACAACGUGUUGCAGUCUGGCACAGUGGAUGUUAAUGUUUGUGACAAAAUGGGGUACACAGCUCUGAUGGUGGCUGCUCAGAAAGGUUUUAUGAGCUUAUUGGACAUUUUGGUGAAGGAUGGAGCCGACAUUAAACUGAGAGACAGUACUGGAAAAGACAGUCUUAUGAUGGCAUGUUAUGCUGGUCACUUGGACAUUGUGAAGUACCUACGUAAGUGUGGGACCACGUGGGAGGCAAGAGACAAGAAUGGCUGUAGUCCACUCCACUGGGCUGUAGAUGGGGGACACCUGCCUGUCAUCACAUACAUGAUCCUGGAUGGCUGUGAGGUGGAUUUGAGGGACAAGGUUUUUCUCUGGACUCCACUCAUGCGUGUGGCGGUCAUCAGCGGGAGCGCUGCAGUGGCCACUGUCCUCCUCAAAGCUGGAGCCGACGUAAAUGUCCGUGACAAAGCUGGAAAGACACCACUAAUGGCAGCUGUGCUGAGUAACUACGAAGAUCUAGUAAAACUUCUGCUUGUUAAUGGGGCAGACCAUCGUAUGAAGAAUAAGCAUGGAGCAGAUGCAGCUGAUAUGGCCAAAGGAUUUGGGGGAAAGAACAUCAUAAAAUUGUUGGACAAAUUCAGCCUAGAAAAUUAAGAUCAACCGACAUCUAGUGGACAAUACUUACCCACAUUAAUCUUGUGUUGUCAAACAACUAUGAUGUUUGGGUUUCAGUGUUUGUAAAGCUAAAUAAAAUAAAAUUCACAAUAGUCA